GUCGCAUAUAGAUACAACAAACCCUCUCCAUCUUCCACAUUCUUCAUCAAUCUCACUACCCGUUUCUUCGUCCACUCCAAGAAACAUCAGUUUAUUCUCUAAUCAUCCGAUCUCAGAUCGCCGACAACAAUGAGUCAUCAAGCUGAGUCGUCUGAUUCGAAAAGUGGCAAGAAGGACUUUUCGACGGCAAUCUUGGAGAGGAAGAAGGCUGCAAAUCGCCUGAUUGUGGAUGAGGCGGUCAACGACGAUAAUUCCGUUGUUUCCCUCCACCCUGCUACCAUGGAGAAGCUCCAGCUUUUCCGUGGAGACACUAUCUUGAUUAAGGGGAAGAAAAGAAAGGAUACAGUUUGCAUUGCGCUUGCUGAUGAUACCUGUGAAGAACCAAAGAUUAGGAUGAACAAGGUUGUCAGGACUAAUUUGAGGGUUCGCCUUGGGGACGUUGUAUCUGUGCACCAGUGUCCAGAUGUGAAAUAUGGAAAGCGUGUCCACAUAUUGCCCUUGGAUGAUACAAUAGAAGGUCUUACUGGGGAUCUUUUUGAUGCGUACCUGAAACCUUACUUUCUGGAAGCAUAUCGCCCAGUGAGGAAAGGGGAUCAUUUUCUUGUGAGAGGGGGAAUGAGAAGUGUGGAAUUUAAAGUCAUUGAGACUGACCCAGGGGAAUAUUGUGUUGUUGCCCCGGAUACUGAGAUCUUCUGUGAAGGGGAGCCUGUGAGAAGAGAGGAUGAGGAUAGGCUGGAUGAGGUUGGCUAUGAUGAUGUAGGUGGUGUUAGAAAGCAGAUGGCUCAAAUCCGUGAAUUGGUGGAGUUGCCUCUGAGACACCCUCAGCUUUUCAAAUCUAUUGGUGUGAAACCACCAAAGGGAAUUUUGCUUUAUGGACCACCAGGUUCUGGAAAGACCUUGAUUGCUAGAGCUGUUGCUAAUGAAACUGGUGCUUUCUUCUUUUUGAUUAAUGGGCCGGAAAUUAUGUCCAAAUUGGCUGGAGAGAGUGAGAGCAAUCUGAGGAAGGCUUUUGAGGAGGCUGAGAAGAAUGCCCCAUCUAUUAUUUUUAUUGAUGAAAUUGAUUCAAUAGCACCUAAGAGAGAGAAGACACAUGGUGAAGUUGAGAGGAGGAUUGUUUCUCAGCUGUUGACUCUCAUGGAUGGGUUGAAGUCCCGUGCCCAUGUCAUUGUUAUGGGAGCAACUAAUCGUCCAAACAGCAUUGACCCAGCUCUUAGAAGGUUUGGCAGGUUUGACAGGGAGAUAGACAUUGGUGUUCCUGAUGAAGUUGGACGCCUUGAAGUUCUUCGGAUUCAUACCAAGAACAUGAAACUUUCUGAUGAUGUAGAUUUAGAAAGAAUAGCAAAAGAUACCCAUGGUUAUGUUGGUGCUGACCUUGCUGCUCUCUGCACAGAAGCUGCGCUGCAGUGCAUCAGAGAGAAAAUGGAUGUUAUUGAUUUAGAAGAUGAUACAAUUGAUGCUGAGAUACUAAACUCCAUGGCUGUUACAAAUGAGCACUUCCAUACUGCUCUUGGAACAAGCAAUCCUUCUGCUUUACGGGAGACAGUUGUUGAAGUGCCGAAUGUCUCCUGGGAAGAUAUUGGAGGGCUUGAAAAUGUCAAGAGGGAGCUUCAGGAGACUGUUCAAUAUCCCGUGGAACAUCCAGAGAAAUUCGAGAAAUUUGGUAUGUCACCUUCAAAGGGUGUUCUUUUCUAUGGUCCUCCUGGAUGUGGGAAGACUUUACUGGCCAAGGCAAUUGCAAAUGAAUGCCAAGCCAAUUUCAUCAGUGUUAAAGGACCUGAACUGCUCACAAUGUGGUUUGGAGAGAGUGAAGCUAAUGUUCGUGAAAUAUUUGACAAGGCUAGACAGUCUGCUCCAUGUGUCCUCUUCUUUGACGAGCUUGACUCUAUUGCUACUCAGAGAGGAAGCAGUGUUGGAGAUGCUGGUGGUGCAGCUGACCGGGUGCUUAAUCAACUUCUCACUGAAAUGGAUGGCAUGAAUGCUAAAAAGACUGUUUUCAUAAUUGGAGCUACAAACAGACCUGACAUUAUCGAUCCAGCACUUCUACGUCCAGGUCGUCUUGAUCAGUUAAUAUAUAUCCCUCUGCCAGAUGAGGACUCACGCCAUCAGAUCUUCAAAGCCUGCCUUCGAAAAUCACCACUUUCCAAAGAUGUUGAUCUGCGAGCCCUUGCUAAGUAUACUCAGGGAUUCAGUGGAGCUGAUAUAACGGAAAUAUGUCAGAGGGCUUGCAAAUAUGCCAUAAGAGAGACCAUUGAGAAAGACAUUGAAAGAGAGAGGAGAAGAAGGGAGAAUCCUGAUUCCAUGGAUGAGGACCUCGAGGAUGAAGUUUCAGAAAUCAAGCCUGCACAUUUCGAGGAGUCCAUGAAAUAUGCUCGUAGAAGUGUGAGUGAUGCUGACAUACGGAAGUACCAGGCAUUUGCCCAGACCUUGCAACAGUCGCGGGGAUUUGGAACUGAAUUUCGUUUCACUGAACCAGCAGCCGGGCAAUCUGGAUCCGACCCAUUUGCAACCUCUGCUGGUGGAGCUGAUGAAGAUGAUCUGUAUAGUUAGAUGUUGCCAGGAGUUCUGGAUAUUACUGUGCACUAUCCGUUUAUGCACAAGCAGUCUCCAGAAUUGGUUGAUGACCCGUUGCUUAUAUUUCUCUCAACAACUCGUUUUUACUUUUGGCUUCCGGGAUUUGUGGGGCUGCUCAGUCGACUUAUACUUUCUUUUGCCUCCCAAAUGUCAACUAUUCUAGGUGCCUGUUUGACUAUAUUUAGAACUGAAAUGCUGUUUAAUUUACUGACUGAAAUGUCACCAUAUUCCAGCAUUCUUUACCUGAUAGUUCUGUCCGUGUUUAUUUUGU